CUAGCUGCUUCGAAAGGCAGCACUCUGCGGUGCGUCUUUGUCGGGAGCGGACGGUGUGAUGGCCGUACGACCGUUAGUACGAGUCGUUUGUCAACGAAAACAUCUCGAAUGAUUCCUUGUUAACCAUUCUUGAAAAUGACGAUAAUUCUCUUUUUAGUCGACACGAGUGCGUCGAUGAAUCAGCGUACAUAUUUGGGGACAUCUUUGAUUGACAUUUCGAAAGCUUCCGUAGAAUCUUUCAUGAAGAUCAGGUCCCGAGAUGCGAACAGCAGAUGGGAUAGAUACAUGCUGCUGACGUUAGAGGACCCGCCGUCUAAUAUAAAGGCGGGUUGGAAAGAAAGUCAUGCAACAUUCAUCAAUGAACUGAAGAAUCUGACAGCUGUAGGCCUUUCAUCACUUGGCCCAUCUCUGAAGCAUGCUUUUGAUCUACUCAACAUCAACCGAAUGCAGAGCGGCAUAGAUACUUAUGGUCAGGGACGGUGUCCAUUUUACCUUGAGCCAGCGGUCAUCAUUGUGAUAACAGAUGGUGGUAAACUGACCACAACAAACGGGGUGCAACCAGAGCUCAACCUCCCCAUGUUGUCCACCGUUCCGGGGUCAGAACUGACCAAGGAGCCGUUUAGAUGGGACCAGCGUAUCUUUGGCUUGGUGCUAAAGAUUCCAGGGAGUGUUCCGAUGGACAUGGGAGGAAAUAUGUACAUCCCUUCAGCAGAAAACCAUCCUCUGGACGCCAUGUGUGAGGUGACUGGAGGGAGGUCGUAUGCGGUGUACACACAGAAGAUGUUGAAUGCCACACUGGACAGUUUGGUACAGAAGGUUCAGAGUGGGGUGGUCAUCAACUUCGAGAAGAUCGGACCAGAGCCUGCACCAAUACUGAUGGAAGGAAAAAUGGAAAUUGUUGACAGCAAUGGAAAUUCAAAAGAAAACCAAGAUGUCAACAAACCCAUACAGCAGGAAAUGGAAGAUGACAAGAAAGCAGUUUUACAACAGAUACAACAGCAGUUACCUGGCAACAACCAAUGGCAGAACUGUAGAAAACUGAUCUACGUUCCCAGGUCAGCACAGAAGGGCUACUCAGUGGGCCAUUGGCCGAUCCCCGAGGCCUACUGGCCGGACAUCGGAAGUGCUACAUUGCCUCCCCGGUCAGCUCAGCCUGUGGUCAAAUUCUGCUGUACAGAUUGUGAACCUAUGGUGAUAGAAAACCUGCCUUUUGAUAAAUAUGAACUAGAACCCUCACCGUUGACCCAGUUUAUCCUUGGGCGAAGACUUCCUAAUUCUUGUUGGCAGGUGUUCAUCAGUAACAGUGCUAAGUACAGUGACACAGGACAUCCAUUUGGUUACCUAAAGGCUAGCAGUGCUCUCACUUGUGUGAACCUCUUCAUUAUGCCGUACAACUACCCAGUUCUUCUGCCUCUUCUUGAUGAACUUUUUAAAGUACAUAAGUUGAAGAUAUGCCCAAAAUGGAGACAGCAGUUUGAAGGAUACAUUAAAACAAUGCCACCGUAUUAUGCUGGGCCAUUACGGCGAGCAUUGGCUCGGAUGGGAGCUCCAAACCUUGUACCGGAUACGAUGGACAAUAACCUCAGCUACACAGUCAUCACCUACUUAAAAAAACUCAAAAACCAGGCCAAGGUAGAGAUGGACAGGUUGAUUGCCUCGGUCGGUCAGAAAGUCCCCCUCAACGAUGGGAUCAAGGUUGACUCGCGGACCAAGACAUCAAUUUUACAAAGAAAAGAUUUCAACCAAUUAUUACAGAAUGUUGGUGGAAAUAUUCAGAGUCUAAAACAGGAACUGACUGACUUCAACACAUUCACAAUGGCUGUCGCCGAUCCAAGCAUUCUUCCCCAGUUCUACCGCAAUCCUUACGACAUUCCACGUUCUCGUUUACUUGACCAAAUCUCACGUAUGAAGAUGAACUUCUUACAGAAAUCCUACAGCAAUACAAAACUUGUAGAUCAUGAUCAAAUGCAUAAUGUUCCUAUACAACAAAUGGGUAAUUACCAAGACUAUUUAAAGAAACAGCCUCCUUUACUCCGGGAACUGGAGAAUCAGCCUUCACGGGUACACAUGUUUGGAAAUCCAUUUAAAGUGAAGAAUUUCAAUAUGGUGGACGAGGCAGAUGAAGCCAAUUUCGGUCAGCAUCCAGUGAAGAAAAGACAUCACGAGAGUCCGUCGGUAUCUCCAGGACCGAAGCGUCGGAAAGCUGGUCCCUUACCUAGAGACAUUAAGUAUCGCCGCCCGAGUUCUCCAUUACCGGGGACAACGCCCCCGGCCUCUCCUGCUCCUCCUCCUUCCGACACAGACAGUUCCAUGUCAGACACGGAGAGCAUGGAAACGGAAUCUGUUACAUCUGAUGAAGGAAAUGUGUCUGAGGACGAAUCUCCCCUUGUGAUAGCCGAUGUUGAACAAGAAAAAGUGACGAAUCACAUGACUGAAAACAGUGUCAAUCAUUCAAAUUUAACUUCUCCGAGUGCUCUAAAAAACAAUGUGUCAGAAGUGGAGAAUGUUCGUAUCCAUUCACAUUCACAUUCACAUGGACAUGAAAUUAACAGCAAGAAGGAAGCGCUAAUGUGGUCUCAUAAUACAAGGUUACGUCACACACUCUUCAAGGAAAUCAAACGUCCAGGACGCAAUUAUGACGCAUUAUUUAAUCAUCUUAACACCGUGCAGGGAAGUUUGGACAUGAAAAGUGCAUUUGUGCGUGAUGUGAUACGAGAAGCGGGACGUUUUAAGAAAAAGGUGCUUAUUCAAAUGUUAGAACAAUACUGUAAGUCAAUGGUCCAAUCCGAAAGCCGUAAACGGGCUCCCAUUUCUACGGGACAGUGGAAUUCUAGCAGAUGAUAUUAAAUAUUAACGGGGAACAAACUGUUUACCUCCGAAUGGCUGCCCACCAAAAACAGUUGACAGCAUGUUUGCCACUCAACACAUUAAACCUGCCAACACCAUCUUGAGGAUGCCACAAUAUUCACUCUCAAGUGAGCUUGUGAAAGUAAAAUGGCUGGAGUAUACCAGAUAUUGAGAUCAUCUGAAGGGCUGUUCUAGUAAAGCAGAUCAAUUGAAUCCUGCGACUCCAAACAAAAUUUAAGGUCUUUUUCAUGUCCUUUUCUUUAAUUGAAAUAAUAAAUGAAAUUAUUUGAUGUCUCAUUAAGAGUAUUUAGAUCCGGCUGUUGUUUUACUGGAAAUGGCCCUAAUUAUAAAAUAAAAGAAAUAUUAGAUUUUCUAGGAAGGAAAUGAGGGUUUGUGCUAAACUGCUGACGUAAGUUGAUAAUAUUGAAUCUCUUUGAUAGAGUGGUACUUUGACACUUUAAGGCCAUGAUGUUUUACACUCAACAUAGAAACUUGUAGUGUAUUUUAUGUCAGUUUUGAACCCUGUACCUGGCCAGUGGCGAUUAUGCAAAUCGUGAUAUUGUCCCACCAGAUGUUAACUUCGUGAGGAAGUUCCCCAAUGGAAGCAACAAGUAGAACUGAUCAAAGAUGUGCCACACAAGGUCAGCAUUUGCGUCUGUGAUAUUAACUUCAUGCUCAUUUAAUUUUUCCCCAUCCAUUUCACAAAAGACUGUGUAUGUUAUAACUUAUUCAUUUCACUGUAAACUGCAGUGUCAUUCAUCCCGCUGUAAACUGCAGUGUCAUUCAUCUCACUGUAAACUGCAGUGUCAUUCACUAUACUUGCUGUGAUGUCAUCAGUUUUGAGAAUAUAAGACAUACAUUUCAUAUUGAGGUCUUUACAAUAUUGAAGUUACAACAUUUGGAGAAUAUACAUUUAUAAAGGAACCCAGUGUAUAUUGUGUAAGUGAAAUGGGAGAGAUUUGAAUGAAAGGUUGUUGAGAAUGGUUCAGGUAUAAAUAUAUAUUUCUCUGUUGAAUAUGUAAUGUUUAAUAUAUGUUUCAUCUAUUUAUAGAAUGAAAUAAAAUUUCAAAGAUCAA